UUACCCACAAUGCUCGGCAGUUAACGCAACACGUUGUGUGGGUCAGUGUGAGCGCAAGACUGCAUGCACUGCUCUUCCGCUUCCGGUCUGACGUUUGGUCUCCGUUAACCCCCACCGCAGAAACGGACAGAAACAAAACAGCAACUUGAGAAGGCCAAUCGUAUCUUGCAAAAUGGCUCUGUCCAAGAGAGAACUGGAGGAUUUGAAACCAUGGGUGGAAAAGACUGUUAAGAAAGCAUUGGGCUUCUCUGAGCCCGCUGCUGUCUCCUCAGCUCUUAGCUGUGUUGGGAAAGGAAUGGACAAGAAGAGGACAGCCGAUCACCUAAAGCAAUACUUUGAUGACUACACACUACGUUUUGUGGACAAGCUUUUUGAUGCAGUGAAAGAUGGUCGGGGAUCAAGGCAUUCAAGCAGGUCAAGCAGCGACAGGAGUAGAAAACGUGAGAUUAAAGUUGUGUCAGAGAAUGAUACUGAAAUCAAGGAAUCUUCAAGUACGAAGAAGAGAAGAACUCACCGUUUUGAAGAAGUGGAGGAAGAGUCUGAUGUGAUCCCUGGUCCUCCCACUGAGAGUCCAGGAAUGUUGACCAAAAUUCAGAUUAAGCAGAUGAUGGAAGCUGCAACAAAGCAAAUAGAAGAACGAAAGAAGCAGCUAAGCAUCGUCAGCCCUACCCCAGUGCAAAAAACAUCAUCAACGUCUUCCGAACGAUCUAUCGGGAACACCAUUCAGCCAUCUCAAGCUGCUACUUUCAUGAAUGACGCUAUUGAGAAAGCCAGAAAAGCUGCAGAAUUACAAGCCAGAAUUCAGGCCCAGAUAGCGUUAAAGCCAGGUCUUAUAGGGACACCCAGUAUGGUUGCUAUGGCUAGCCUUCAAGCCAUGGGAAUUGCUCCUCUAAAAGUUGAUGCGAAGGACCAGUCAAAACCUACACCUCUAAUAUUGGAUGACAUGGGCCGCACUGUGGAUGCCACAGGUAAAGAGAUUGAGUUAACUCACCGUAUGCCAACCUUGAAAGCCAAUAUCCGGGCAGUGAAAAGGGAACAAUUCAAGCAGCAGCUAAAAGAGAAACCAUCAGAAGACCUGGAGUCAAAUACCUUCUUUGACCCCCGUGUUUCUGUUACACCUGCUCAACGCACAAAACGAUCCUUCAAAUUUCAUGAAAGAGGAAAGUUUGAAAAGAUUGCACAGCGCAUCAGAACAAAGGCUCAACUAGAGAAGCUGCAGGCAGAAAUCUCACAGGCUGCAAAGAAAACUGGCAUCCAAGCAUCCACUAGGCUAGCCUUGAUUACUCCGAAAAAAGAGCUAAGAGAAGGAGAGAUACCUGAGAUUGAGUGGUGGGACUCCUUUAUAAUUCCUAACGGUAUAGAAAUGACAGUAGAAGCCUUAUCAAAAUGGAAAGAAUUUCAUGGUAUUACAAAUCUUGUGGAGCACCCAGCACAGCUCAGCCCUCCAGUUGACAGAGAUGCACCUGUAACUCUUGGUGUUUACCUAACCACAAAAGAACAGAAAAAACUGCGCCGACAGACUAGGAGAGAAGGACAAAAGGAAUUACAGGAGAAAGUACGUCUGGGAUUAAUGCCACCUCCUGAACCCAAAGUGAGAAUAUCAAACUUAAUGCGAGUUCUGGGGACAGAAGCCAUUCAGGAUCCCACAAAGGUAGAAGCUCACGUUAGGGCACAGAUGGCAAAGCGACAAAAAGCGCAUGAAGAAGCAAAUGCUGCCAGAAAGCUAACAGCAGAACAGAGGAAAGAGAAAAAAGUAAAAAAACUAAAGGAAGAUAUAUCACAAGGUGUACAUGUAUCUGUAUAUAGUAUUAGAAAUCUUAGUAACCCAUCUAAAAAAUUCAAGAUUGAAGCCAAUGCAGGCCAACUGUAUCUUACAGGAGUGGUAGUUUUGCACAAGGAUGUCAACGUUGUGGUGGUGGAAGGAGGGCCCAAAUCACAAAAGAAAUUUAAACGCCUGAUGCUUAACCGAAUAAAAUGGGAUGAGCAGACAACAAACACUAAAGGAGAUGGUAAUGAGUCAGACGAGGAACAUGUAAAAAAGUCUAAUAAGUGCUCGCUAGUAUGGGAGGGUACAGCCAAGGAACGUAGCUUCGGUGACAUGAAAUUUAAACAGUGCCCCACUGAGAACAUGGCACGGGAACAUUUUAAAAAGCUUGGAGCAGAGCAUUACUGGGACCUGGCACUUAGCCAAUCUGUUUUAGAAUCCGCAGACUGAGGGCACGUUAUUUUACAGAGAGAAGAAAUACCCAUGCUGCAAUUUGUUUUGACUGUGAGACUAACUCAGACUAUAAAUGCAGUGUGCAGCCCUACACACACAUGAUUUAUCAUUCUCUUCCGGAUUUCCACCGCUGGUCAACAUCUAACUUUGCUGCAAACAAGUAUUAAUACUUAAGGCCAGUUGGGCAGGGAAAGAGGUUAUUAUUGGAAGUGCGGCCGGUGUUAUAUUUUUACGUUAACCCAUAAAUGGAGGACACUUUUCAUCAA